AUGAGCCUCUAUGGCGACCUGCCCCAGGCCAAGAGUGAGGACGGCGUUGGAACGAACAAGGGAUGGUCAGGCACGGCGCCCAAACUGCAGCCAACGCUGCGCAAGCCGGCCGGGUUCGCCCCAACGUCCGUGCUGCGUGCUGGCGCCGGCGGCCGAGGCGCCGGCCCUGCUGGCCGCACGCUACCAGGCCCGGCUGGCCGUGGCAGCGGCAGAGGCCCUGGGCCUGCGCCCGUGGGAUCCAUCGCGGCGCCAAGCAGAGGUGGCAGAGGCGGCGCUGCCGAUGCGGCGGAGCCCGGUGCGGGUGGUGGCGGCGGUGCCGGUGGCGGUGGCGGUGGGCCUAUUGUGGUGUCGGCCCUGAGCUUCUUCAGCACCCACGGUGAACCUAUAGCCGAUGAGUAUGACCCCUCGCGUCCCAAUGACUACGAGGACGUCCUGCGCGAGAGGGAGCGCAAACGGCGCGACGCCGAGGAGGAGGCGGAGCGGGUCAAGCGGCAGCGGGAGGCGGAGCUGGAGGCGGAGCGGCGGAAGCGGGAACAGGCCGAGGCAGUUGCGGCGGUCCUGGCCAUGUCGCGGCCGUCAGCGGAGCGCGGCGCCCCUGUCGCGGGCGAGGGGGCGCAGGUCAAGCAGGAGCCCUCUGGCGCCCUGGAUGCGGACGAGCGGGAGCGGCGGCUGAAGCUGAGCGGCGAGGAGGCGUUUGCGGCGCGCGCCCGGCUGAGCAGAAACGGGCCCCCUGGAGCCACCGGACCCGGGGAGACCGCCGCAGCCGGAGCAGCAGCAACAGCAGCCGCCGCUGCCGCUGCAGCAGCAGCAGCAGCAGCCGCUGCCGAAGGACCGGGUGGCCCCAAGGGCUUGGGCCUGGCUCAGAAGCUGCUGGAGAAGAUGGGUUGGCGUGAGGGCGAAGGCCUGGGGCGCAAUCGCCAGGGCAUAUCUACGCCGCUCAUUGCCCAGAAGCGCGGUGACCAUGCGGCAGUCAUUGUCAACGCUCCAGAGAGACCGCGGCAGGAGGGUGGAGAGGGCCCUCCCGACAAGCGGCCGCGUGUGGGCUCUGCGCUUGUGGGCCCCCCGAGCCGUGUUCUCGUGCUGCGCAACAUGGUGGGGCCUGGGCAGGUGGAUGAGGACCUGGAGGAAGAGGUUGGCUUGGAGCUGUCCAAGUACGGUCAGGUGGUGGACGUGAAAAUCUUUGAGGUGCUGAGUCCAGGCUACGAGCCCGCGGAAGCGGUCCGCAUCUUUGUCGCCUUUGACCGGGUCGACUCUGCAGUAAAGGCCAACAUAGACCUCCAGGGCAGGUUCUUUGGCGGAAAAGAGGUUCGGGUGGCAUUCUUCCCUGAGGAACGCUUUGAUCGACAGGAGCUUGCGCCCGCGCCCGGCGAGUUUGGGGAGGGCUGA